UCUCUCUCUCUCCCCCAUUGAAGAAGACCACCGCCGAGCAGCUCGCAGCAGCGCGGAUCCAAGGCGGGGAGAUGAAGGCGGAGGGAAGCUCGAGGAAGGGAUGGUCGCUGCGUGACUUCGAGAUCGGCAAGCCCCUCGGCAAAGGCAAGUUCGGCCGCGUCUAUCUCGCCCGCGAGGUCAAGAGCCAAUACAUAGUGGCGCUGAAGGUGAUAUUCAAGGAGCAGAUCGAGAAGUACCGGAUCCACCACCAGCUGAGGAGGGAGAUGGAGAUCCAGACUAGCCUCCGGCACGCGAACAUACUGCGCCUCUUCGGCUGGUUUCACGACAGCGAGCGCAUCUUCCUGAUACUCGAGUAUGCUUACGGGGGCGAGCUGUACAACGUGCUGAGGAAGCACGGGCAUCUCAACGAGAAGCACGCCGCCACGUACAUCGCCAGCCUCGCACAAGCAUUGGCCUACUGCCACGAGAACCAUGUGAUUCACAGGGAUAUCAAGCCGGAAAAUUUGUUGCUUGAUCACGAGGGUAGGCUGAAAAUUGCAGACUUUGGAUGGUCUGUACAGUCGAAGGGCAAGAGACACACCAUGUGUGGAACUUUAGAUUAUUUGGCACCAGAAAUGGUAGAAAAUAAAGCUCAUGAUCAUGCUGUAGAUAACUGGACUCUGGGCAUACUUUGUUACGAGUUCCUCUAUGGCGUCCCUCCAUUUGAGGCUGAGAGCCAAAGGGACACAUUCAAAAGGAUAAUGGAGGUGGAUUUGAAUUUCCCUCCCGUUCCUCAUGUAUCUUCAGAGGCUAAGAAUCUUAUUUGCCAGCUCCUGGUUAAGGACUCUUCAAAGAGGCUCUCUCUUCAGAAGAUCGUGGAGCACCCUUGGAUCACCAAGAAUGCAAAUCCUGAGGGUAUUUGCAAUUAGCAUAGGUUUGCUUUGGCUGCGGAGGUUUUGGAUGGAUCAUUGGAUGCCAAAAUAGGAAUUUAACCCUCUGUGAAUGUUGUAAAUUAAUGUUCUUUCAUCGGGAGGAUGAAGCAUUUGCCGAUGUCCUUUUUCUGCUUACAA